UUGAGACGAGCGCUUGCAGCAAGCCAGAAACCUAACGACAAACGAGAAGCGACCCCUCCGACACUCUCUUCCGCUGCGCAGCGUCUAUUGUAUCCAUAAGUGUCCAUCGCUUCGACAGCAUGGCCAUGCUCGCCUCCAAGCCGUCCUACCCGCCGCCCUCUCUACCGGGGUCCUCAUCACAGCCCUCAGCCCAGUACAGCUCCAGCGUGUCCAGCUACCGAACUCAUGCCUCGGCCACGCGAGCAGACCGCUCCUCCCUCUUCGCCUCGCCCACCGAAUCUGAGUUCUCAGAGAUAUACGAUGCUCCGGAUGCAGUAAGACAUUGGGACGAAGAUAAAGUCGGAGACUGGCUGAAACGCAUCAACUGCGCUCAAUAUGUCGAGCUCUUCAAGAAAAACCACAUCAACGGCGAGAACCUGAUGGAGAUGGACCAGACCCAUCUCAAGGACAUGGGCAUCAAGAAGGUGGGCGACCGUGUUCGCAUCGGCUCGCAGGCGAAGCAGCUCCGCAACAAAGAGUACAAGAAGGCCUCGAAGCGGUCCUCGAAUAGACAAUCCCUUGCAAUGCUGGACAAUGCAGCAUACACCCCGCCUUCGUCCGGAUCACCGCGACCUAUACUUUCUGCUCGCUCGCUUCCUACAAGCUCGCGGUCCGAGAAGCGUAUGUCUCGCCAGAUCACCACCUCUGACCUCUACGCAUACGGCUCCAAGUCGCCAUCUCGACCCAGCUCUCCAUUGGUGGACCAGGAGAACCGCGGUCUAAGAUCUCAGCGUUAUGGCGGCACGGACAGCCCCAAGGGUAGCGGCAAGAAAGACUUCGCCUCGUCAUACACCAGCCAACCACUUGGCACAUCAAGCAGCUCCGCUAAUAUGUCCUCUCGCUACGGUGCGGGCCCACGAACGACACCUACUGAGACUCCCCAAACCGCCCGAUUCGCCCAUCAUGUUCGAGGCACCCAGAGCUUUGAUAACACCACCACCAACAGCGCAAUCCUCCCACCAGACAAAGCCUUGAUCCGGGUCAUCUAUGAUACGGGCAGGUCAUCAGUUGUGAACAUUGAGGGCUGUAAGACUGCGGAUGAAAUCGUACUCAAGACUUUGAGGAAAGCACAGCUGAACGAAGCCCAUGUGAAGAACUACUGCUUCUAUGUUCUGGACGGUCCCGAGCCGAGAGUCUCGUUGUGCCGCCGCUUGAGCGACAUCGAGCUUAUCCGCCUCUGCAAAGAUGCCAACCGGCACGAAAGAGGCCGCCUCAUCCUCCGCAAGAUCCACACUGGAGAGCCAGAAGAGGAGCAGCUCAAAACGGCCGCCGGCAUCUUCCAGCAGCAGACCCUACAGCAGACACAAAACAUCAUCGUCCCGGCGAGCAAUAGGAGUCAAGCAAAGAUCGAGAAGAUCACCGGCGAGUCACUUGCCGCCGUCAGCUAUCCGCUUUCCCCUACAUCUGCUCGGGAGCGAGAACGUCAUAUACACUCCACUGCCCAAGACCUAGAGGGGCCUGCUAGAUCACCCAUUUUCACCGCACGAGCUCGCAAGCUGAAGCAGUUCUACGGGGCCAGGCCUCCAAGUGAGCUCAUCACUUCGGAUCUUACUUCAUACUUCCCAGAUGUUGAGAAGGACGAGAUCGACAAGACAAUUCGAAUGUCCAUUCGACGGUCUCGUCGUCUAAGCCGAGCAGCGUCACGUUUGUCCAUGGCCUCGAACUUCAGCGUUGCCUCAAGCCUCCGCGACGCCCCACCUCUCCCCUCCAUCGCCGACAACUGGCUACAAGGUGGUGGUCAGGCUCGGCCGCUUCGGCCGCUGUCGGUCAUGAGGCUUGGUCUACCCGCGCAAAGUGGCUUCCGGGAUUCCAUGGCUUCUUCCGUGCUGGAGCCUCUCGACGAAGAAUCGCCGCUGGAGCCGAACAGAAAGUCGUACGUCUCGUUUGGCGGCGAGAGUGUCGCUGACAGCGUCGCCGUGACCGAUCCCGAGGGUCAUACCACCAUGCAGUCAUACUUUGACGAUGGCGGUAGCAGUCUGGCUGGCAGCAGCACUGGAAACACGGAGAAUGGUGAUUCUCUGAACAAACGUCUCUCGCAAGCCAUCGCUGAGGACGGUGAAGAGUACGAUGACGAACUCGCACAGUACCUCGAACAGGAUUCUUGGGAGAACGUCAAGUACAUGAAGGGUGCCCUGAUAGGACAAGGCUCCUUCGGAAGCGUGUACCUCGCCCUGCACGCUGUGACUGGUGAGCUCAUGGCCGUGAAACAGGUCGAACUACCGUCCGCUUCGGGUACUUCGCAGAUAGACCAGAAGAAGACAAACAUGGUGGAGGCGCUAAAGCACGAGAUUGGUCUCCUGCGGGACCUCAAGCACAUGAACAUCGUGCAAUACCUAGGCUCGAAUUCAGACGACCAUCACCUCAACAUUUUCCUCGAGUACGUCCCCGGUGGCUCCGUGGCGACUAUGCUGGUCAACUACGGACCGCUGGGUGAAUCUCUCAUCCAGAACUUUGUCCGCCAAAUUCUUCAAGGUCUCUCAUACCUCCACUCCCGGGACAUCAUCCACCGAGACAUCAAGGGCGCCAACAUUCUUGUCGACAACAAGGGCUCCGUUAAGAUUUCCGACUUCGGUAUUUCAAAGCGUGUGGAAGCGUCCACUCUCGGAGGCAAAAAAGGCGCUCAACGUGUCUCACUCCAGGGAUCCGUCUUCUGGAUGGCACCUGAGGUCGUUCGACAAACUGCGUACACACGCAAGGCUGACAUCUGGUCGCUCGGCUGUCUCAUUGUCGAGAUGUUUACAGGCAGCCACCCGCAUCCCAAUUGCACGCAGCUCCAGGCGAUCUUCAAGAUCGGUGGCAGCGGUGACGCCAGCCCAACAAUACCAGAGCACGCCGGAAAAGAUGCGCGCGCUUUCCUCUCGCAGACCUUCCUCAUCGACCACGAGAAACGCCCGAGCGCUGACGACCUCCUCGCCAGCCACUUCUGCACUAAUCAGGCUGCGUAGAAUAAUCGCAUCAGCUAUCCAUACCUUCUUCACAUAUUUCUUUACUACGUCUAUCGGUCUCUAGGAGCACCGUAAUGGUUCAAUGUGGCAUGACAAACAACGGCAUAU